AUGGACCGGGAUCAGGUGCGGGGACGCCAUCCUCUGUCUGGGGGCGGCAGUGGAUUGGGGCCGGGAGGCCCCUCCUCCGGUGUAUCCUACAUGGCGGCCAGACGCAGCCGCCGGUGCCUGCCCGGCCCGCCUCCCAAGCCGAGGCAGCGGCUGGACCAGCCACAGCCCUGCCUGGCCGCGCUCCACGCAGGGCAAGGCGGAUGGGGAAGGAAGCGAGCUGUUCGCCCAGGGAGGACGGAUCGGUCCUUUUCCGGCGGCCGGGGCCGAGCCGGGUGGAUCCCGCCGCCGCCGCCGCCUGCUGAAACCUGGAACAGACUCGCUCUCUUGGCAGCCGCCGGGAUCGAGCCUGCUCGGCCUGGCUUGGGCGCGCUGGGAAAGUUCCCCCGCUGCCGGAGCGAGGCGCGCGUGAAGCGGGCUCCUUGCCUGAGCCGCCACCGCCUCCUGGCGCUGCUGGCUUUGUCCAGGAGCGGCCGGCAGCCGCCGUCGCCUCCAGUUCCAGCGUCGCCUCCUUUCCCGGCCGGCUUAGGACAGGCGCGGGGCGGGGGGAGGGGGAGGAGGAGACGGGUGGGGAGGGCGGAGGGAGGGAGAGGGGAUCGGCCGGCCGGACUCUCCGAUGCGGGAAGGAUGCAGCAGGAGGCGGCUGGAAGGCUGGCGGGGCGGCUGAUGACCUUGCAGGGAUGCAGCAGGAGCCGGCGACGAGGGGCGUGCUAG